AUGGCCUCAGAAGAAUAUCCAACGAGCGUCUCAGGCGGAUGUCUUUGCGAUUCGGUUCGCUACACAAUAACCUUUCCACCCAACCACGACUGGAAGAAAAGCUGUACCCAGUGCCGCAAGAAUGGCGGCUCCCUCAUUGCAUGGCUGUAUAACAUGCCCGCGUCGAGCGUCGAAUUCACCUCCCAGGCGACGCUCUCGCGAUACCACGCCACGCCGAAUGCAGCGCGAGGUUUCUGUACCAACUGCGGAAGCUGGCUCUUUUGGCGCGCCGAGAAGUCCAGCGUGAUAAGCAUGUCGGUCGGGACGGUGGACAAGAAAGACCUAAAGCGAUGGGGCAAGCAGUUGGGGUACUCAGAGGUGCAUCUGUGGUCCGAAGACGCUAUCAAAGGUAUCACCGAUCAUUUGCCUGGGGAGAAGUGGAGGCAUGAUCAUGAAAGCGAAGGUGCCGAGAAGAUGAACUAA